AUGCUUGCUCAAGUGCUUGGUGCAAUGACAGCUUCAGCGGUCGUAUACGCCAAUUACAAGUCAGCUAUCGACGUCUUCGAAGGUGGUAGUGGCAUCCGAACAGUUCCUGGGUACUCGGACACAGCGACUGCAGGAAUAUUCUGUACCUACCCAGCACCUUUCAUGACCAAAACAGGCAUGUUCUUCUCCGAGUUUAUUGCGAGUGCGUUGCUUAUGUUCCUGAUAUACGCUUUGAAAGACGAAGGAAAUAUCGGGGCUGGUCCAUUAACACCCUUGGGCUUGUUCUUCAUCAUCUUCGGAAUUGGCGCCUGUUUCGGUUGGGAGACGGGAUAUGCUAUCAACCUGGCAAGGGACUUUGGUCCGCGACUCGUCAGCUAUAUGCUCGGAUAUGGUCACGAGGUCUGGGCAGCUGGCGGAUAUUAUUUCUGGGUUCCGAUGGUGUCACCUUUUUUCGGCUGCGCAUUCGGCGCAUGGCUAUACGAUGUCUUCUUGUUCACUGGGGCGUCACCAAUCAACACACCAGCCAUGGGCUUGAUGAGGCUUACACAGCCGAGAAAAAGUGUUUGGAGCAACAGCGAGCGUGUCCAGGUUUGA